AUGCCUGAACCUAAGUCCUCUGAGCCUCCAGCCUGGUUCCUCUGGUUUGUCUUGGUUUGCCUGGUCAUCCUUGUUAGACUGUUCGUAUUCUUAUUGAUGCAAGCGUAUGCAUUUAUGUUCUUGCUUGCCAACCUGAAUCCCCAGAUCCGAGUCAUACAGGAUAUUUCCGAAGCUAGGAGAGUCCUCAAGCUAUCUUCGUCAAAGGAGGAUCCUCAGAAAAGUCAGUUCAUGGUAACAAGACUAGGUAUUGACAAUGACUUGACAACGUCCCAUUUUUCCGUACCGACAAAGGAGCUGAGGGAACAAGAGAAUUUGGCCAAAAAGAGCGAUGAGCAGUGGAUAGUGCUAGCAGAAGCAGCAGUAGGAUAUGUCACAGAUACGCUUUCAACGUUGGACCACGGUGAAGCAGCGCCCUUGCGAGACUUCGUUCGCUGCUUCGUUUUCCGGAUGACAGUGUUGAAGAUGUACCCCAACUCGUCUGCUUCGCCUACAUACACAGAUCUUCUUGUCAUAACUGGAAGCAGUGAAACGAAAGAACUUAUGCGAAAGAGAAGCGUGCUUCUCAGCAGACUUCACACGGUCUUUGGGUUAGAUCUAGGAACACAAACUACGACUCAACCUAGCCGUCUGCGCUGUCUCCUGGCAACAUACGAUUCUAUGGAGAAAGUCGUCUUUCGAGGUUUCUUAGAGCUGAGCUUUCGUCAUACUGGAAAAGGCGCACUAAAAUCGCCACUGCGACGCUUUCUUCAGCGAUCAGACAAGGCGGAAUUCGAGAGAGAGUUCUUUGCACACCACUUUUCCAUGAAGGAUAUCAUCAAUGAAACUUUCCGCUUGUAUCCACCUACAGCAAGGAUUUUACGAGAGACAUGGGGAGGGAAGGUGGAGGUAGAUGUGGAAUACAUACAUCGUGACAGGAAAUCAUGGGGUGAUGAUGCUCUGUGUUACGAUCCUAGGAGAUGGCAUGUUGGCCGGGCAAAUCAGAAUGCUUUCAUUCCAUUCGAUACUGGGAUUGAUUUGGGCACAACUGAAGCCGUCAUGGGUCCUCGAAUGUUGGCCAUCCUUAUCGCAGCACUAGCACAAACAGCAGACCAUUUCAAUCUGGAAGGAGAAGAAUCAGAGGAUGUAUUGAAGAACUCCGAGCCCCUACAGACACACCGUCGAGCUUAUCUGGAUCUGAUUCUUAGAAGGAAGUCAAGAUGGGUAUAG